AUGAUAAAAGACAAUGUUGAGACGGUUGCCAGCGAAAAUAGUCUUGUCCAGUACUAUAUAACGCAGAUUUUAUUAUUGAAACUCUUACUGGCCAUGCCACAUUUCACAAUUUGCAGUUUGGGAGGAAUUCGAUUGAGUACUCCUUCGCCACCUGCAACACCAAAAUCGAUAGCUCGCCAAAUUGACAUUGUUUCUUCUACUGCAGCAGCAGAGAAAGAUAACAUUUCCAUCAGUUGGUACAACGCAUCAAAGACAUUUCCCUUGAAAAAUGUUAUAGUAAGAGACAUAAAAAUCGGAGUCGACAAACCACCAUCCUGGGGAGGAACGAUGAAACUAGCGCUUAAUGGAUACAUGGAAUGUGAAAAAACAAGUGUUACAAUUUUACCUUUUAUUAAUAUGUCUCCAACUGAUCCAAGCACUAUUUAUUCUGCUUUGAAAUAUGCUUUAAAAGAAACUCAACAGCUGGGACAAGAGCACUGCAUAGUAACUUUUGAUCAACAAUUGUAUGAUAAAGCGGUUAAAAUUAUAGUCUCUGAGCCUCAGACCUUCAGAAACAUAUUGUGCUUUUCACACGAUUAUGGCUUUCAUGAAGGCGAUUGGUUUCCUGAUGGCAAUGUGACGAUCUUGAAAAUUUUAUGCCCAAGAACAAAUACAAAAAAAUUUGUAAAGCAGUAUUUCACUAUUCGUCGUUCGGAAGGCUUUUGGACUGGGGUCCUUACAGAUCAAGUCAUCGGGCAGGAACUGAUGAGAAACUUCAAGGGACAGACACAUGGAAGAGGUACAACCGAAAAUACCUUGAGUCAUUUUGUCUAUUCUUUUCCUGGAUGUCUUCCCCUGUGCAACGUCAUGGAAGAAUCAUGUGGUCAAGCAUAUGAAAAAAGGUAUCAGACUAGCGAUCAGGACGUUGAUCUAACUGAAUCCCAUAGAAUUAAAGAUUCCGAAGACUUACAUACAUUUAUAGAGUGGUUUAGGAAUCAUUCUCCCUACGAAAAAUAUGUAACAAAUUAUACUCAAUAUCUACUAGAAUAG